AUGCGUUGGCGGCUGCCGGGCGCCCGUUCGACCCUCCCCGCCAGCGUCGCCCUCCUCCUACUCCCAACUCUGGUCGCUCCGCUGCAGCAACCAGAGCUCCAUGACUCUGCAUCUCGAGUAUCUGUGCCGCGAGCGUCCGGCACAGAUGCCACGAACAAUGCGGCCACCCUCGCCGCUCCUCCCGUCGUAAAAUCCAACGAUGCGAGCGCCCUGGCAACUCUGGCUCUGGCGGGCUCCGGCCGCGCCGUUCGAGCCCCUCCUAGCCAGGCCAGCACUUCCGCCGGCCUGGUUUCGCAGCUUAACGCGCGGUCCUUGCAGGACUGGGAGGUUGAGGACUUUGUCUUGAUGGCGACCGUCGACGGAACCAUUCACGCCCGAGACCGGAAGACCGGUUCCCCCCGCUGGGCCCUCGAGGUCCCCAGUAGCCCCUUGGUCGAGAGUAUCUACCACCGGGCCAAUCGAUCCAGCUCCAGCUUCGACGAGACACCUCCCGAGGAAGAUUUUCUUUGGAUUGUCGAGCCAAGUCAGGAUGGCAGCUUGUACAUUUACAGUCCUGGGGAGGAUGCCGGUUUGCAAAAACUCGGCCUCACGGUCAAGCAACUAGUGGAUGAAACACCUUAUUCUGGAGCCGAGCCGGCAGUGACGUAUACCGCUCGCAAAGAAACGACUCUCUAUACGAUUGAUGCCCGAACCGGCAACAUACUCCGUGUCUUCAGCUCCCGCGGCCCCUUUGCAACCAGACAAGAGUGUCAGAAGGUCAAUGGUCAGGAUUUGGACUCCGAUACAGAGGAGUGCGAGACAAAAUCCGGCACCCUCGUCCUGGGCCGUGUCGAGUAUGCCGUGGCGAUCCAGAAUACCGAGACGGGUGACCCAAUUUGCACAUUAAAGUAUUCCGAGUGGGCUCCGAAUAACCGGGACAUCGAUCUUCAGGGCCAGUACUUCCAAACGAUGGACCAAAGCCAUAUCUACAGUAUGCACGACGGAGUUGUGUUGGGAUUCGAUCACUCCCGCAUGGAUCGUCCUCGCUAUACCCAGCGGUUCUCAUCCCCGGUGGCUCGCGUCUUUGACGUCGUUCGUGAACGACCAACCAACAAAAAUGGCCAAGAUAAUUCGACGCCAUUGGUCCUCCUAUCGCAACCUCUCCAACCUCCAGACCCAGACUAUGCAUCAGAUGAUCGUGAUCAGCGGGUCUUUAUUGAUUCCACCAGUGCUGGUGGUUGGUAUGCCCUAUCAGAAGAGACAUAUCCGCUCGUUACAGGCCGCGCCCCCAUGGCUCAAUGCUACAACAAGGACUUCUUCCGCAGAGGCCAGCCCUUGAUGAGCCUCAAUCAAAACCAGCAACGGGAUGCUCUCGCCGGAGUUCAUUCAUUGAACGGCCCAACCGUUGUCCCGCCAGUUCCCCGCAUCGCCAGUACAUCUGAACUAUCCAAUGACACCCCUCGCGAUGUGCUACGUUCCGAAUUGGCUCUCCCUCCCGCUCUGCGACACAGUGCAAUCAUUCGCAAAAGCUGGGACAAUGCUCUUGACAUUGUUGUCACAAUGAUUCUUCUGUUCAUUGGAACUUUCAUCUACUUGAACUCGCACCACAUUCGCGACAUCGCCAAGCAAAAGCUCGAUCUCAAGAACAUUAUCAACUCAAAUGAAAAAUCAUUCUCAACUCCAGCCACACCAAUUGUCGGCGCGGCCCCCGACAUUAAACGAACGUCGACUCCAGUUCGUGAUGCCCCGGUACGAAUGGUUCACGAAGUUACAGUUGAUAUGGACCUAGCGGAUCCAUCUCCAGAUAAUGAGGCCACCCCACGAGCGUCCAGAGACCACAGUUCACCACCUGCCUCGACACCCCGUGUCCAGAUUCGUGAGCCAUCUCGUGGCCCCGAGGACGGAGAAGGCGAGAAGCCAGAGGCCGACAAGCCUAAGAAGAAGCGUUCACGCGGGUCCCGUGGUGGCAAGGGACACCGUCGGAAGGGUGUUAAGCCUGGCGCCGACAACAACACGGCAUCAGAGCAGACCAACCAAUUAACUCCUUCGAAUUACUCAGAUCACGGAGUGCCGUUAGCACGCACGGUAUCCAACGACGUCGUCGACAUGAGCACCGAUGGUGUGAUCCGAAUUGGGCGCUUGGAGGUCUUCACCGACGUCGUGCUUGGGCAUGGUAGUCAUGGUACGGUUGUCUACCGUGGUGUCUUUGAUGGACGAAACGUGGCAGUCAAGAGAAUGCUCAUGGAGUUUUACGAUAUUGCCUCUCACGAGGUCGGAUUGUUGCAGGAGAGUGAUGACCAUCAUAAUGUCAUCCGUUACUUCUGCCGUGAGCAGGCCGCUGGUUUCUUGUACAUCGGGCUGGAACUGUGCCCCGCUUCGCUUCAAGAUAUUAUCGAACGACCCUCCCAAUUCCCUGAGCUGAUCCAAAGUGGCCUGGAUAUGCCAGAUGUUCUCCGCCAGAUCACCCAGGGCGUCCGCUACCUUCACUCUUUAAAGAUUGUGCACCGUGAUCUCAAACCCCAGAAUAUCUUGGUGGCUAUGCCUCGCGGCCGAACGGCUUCUUCUCGGGCUACGGUGCGGGCUCUUCGGCUUUUGAUUUCUGAUUUCGGUCUGUGUAAAAAGUUGGAGGAUAAUCAGAGUUCUUUCCGGGCUACCACUGCCCAUGCCGCCGGUACCUCUGGUUGGCGUGCUCCCGAGCUGCUUGUGGACGAUGAUACUGGCCCGUUGGCCCACAACCUUGAGUCACAGCACACGGAGACAUCUGAACCCGCUGUGGUCGAUCCCCAGACUAACCGCCGUGCCACUCGAGCUAUUGAUAUCUUCUCAUUGGGCUGUGUGUUCUACUAUGUUCUCACUCGUGGUAGCCAUCCAUUCGAUAAGAAUGGUAAAUUCAUGCGUGAGGCAAACAUUGUCAAGGGUCAAUUCGAUCUGGAGGAACUGAACCGCCUUGGCGAUUACGCCUUUGAGGCUGACGACUUGAUCCGUUCCAUGCUGUCACUUGACCCACGACGACGCCCCGACGCCGGUGCUGUUCUCACGCAUCCCUUCUUCUGGCCUCCCUCUGAUCGACUUAGCUUCCUUUGCGAUGUUUCCGACCACUUCGAGUUUGAGCCUCGUGAGCCCCCGUCGGAUGCUCUCCUCUGCCUAGAGUCCGUGGCUCCGGAGGUGAUUGGACCCGACAUGGACUUUCUGAAACUUCUUCCUCGUGAUUUCAAGGACAAUUUGGGCAAACAGCGCAAGUAUACUGGUUCUCGAAUGCUUGAUCUUCUGCGAGCUCUGCGUAACAAACGCAACCACUACAACGACAUGCCCGACCAUCUGAAGGCACAUAUCGGUGGAUUGCCUGAAGGAUAUCUGAACUUUUGGACAGUACGCUUUCCCAGUUUGCUAAUGAGCUGCCACUGGGUUAUUGUGGAAUUGGGCUUGACGGACAUCGACCGAUUCCAUCGUUACUUCGCGCCGCCUGAAUAG